GACGAGGACAAGGUGUAGUGGUGGUGUAAUGCCGGCUGCCGCACUUCAUCCGGGUGAAUGAAUCAAACCAGUGCGCUGCAGAUAUGCAGUCUUGCAGAGUUUGUCUCACUUUUGCAGUUCCGUCUGCGCGCCGCGGCCGGAGCGGAGGCCGAGGCGCAGAGCACGGGAAAAACGCGAGCUUUUGAUGAGAGGUAUAGAAACGUAGGGGUAGCUGCGCUGGCUGGGCACGACGUCAUGGAGGCGUUUCUUGUUCUGCUCUGCCUCUACGUCUUUCUCGCGAGGGCGGAGGCGGCGAGCGGGAGCGCUGGCUACGCCGUGGGCGGUGGUGGCGGAGAAGGGAAGUCGCCGGGAGGCACGGUCCUCCCGCUGCGGGUGCGGGAGGUGGAGGCGCCGGCGGCGAACAGGCUGCGGUUCCGCCACAAUGUGAGAUUGACGGUGCCGGUGGCCGUCGGCACGCCCCCGCAGAACGUGACGAUGGUGCUCGACACCGGUAGCGAGCUCUCGUGGCUGCUCUGCAACGGGAGCUGCGCGCCGCCGUUGACUCCGGCAUUCAACGCGUCGGGUUCUGCUUCGUACGAUGCGGUCCCUUGCCUGUCGCCGGCGUGCGAAUGGCGCGGCCGCGACCUCCCCGUCCCGCCGUCCUGUGGCAUGCCGCCGUCGAACGCAUGCCGCGUCUCGCUCUCCUACGCCGACGCCUCGUCGGCCGACGGUGUCCUGGCCGCCGACACCUUCCUCCUCGGUGGCGCCCCGCCCGUGGGCAACUACUUCGGCUGCAUCACUUCCUACUCGUCAACCACCGCCACCAACAGCAACGCCACCGACACCACGGAGGAGGCCACCGGCCUCCUUGGCAUGAACCGGGGUACCCUCUCCUUCGUGACGCAGACGGGCACCCGGCGGUUCGCGUACUGCAUCUCCCCAGGCGAGGGCCCCGGCGUCCUGCUUCUCGGCGACGACGGCGGCGUAGCGCCGCCGCUGAACUACACGCCGCUCAUCGAGAUCUCCCAGCCGCUACCGUACUUCGACCGGGUGGCCUACUCCGUGCAGCUGGAGGGCAUCCGCGUUGGUUACGCCCUGCUCCCCAUCCCAAAGUCCGCGCUGACGCCGGACCACACCGGCGCCGGGCAGACCAUGGUGGACUCCGGCACGCAGUUCACCUUCCUCCUCGCCGACGCCUACGCGGCGCUCAAGGACGAGUUCCUGAACCAGACGCGCCUGCUCCUGGCCCCGCUCGGCGAGCCAGAGUUCGUCUUCCAGGGCGCGUUCGACGCGUGCUUCCGCGGGCCGGAGGCCCGGAUGGCGGCGGCGAGCGAACUCCUCCCGGAGGUGGGCCUGGUCCUCCGCGGCGCGGAGGUCGCGGUGGCCGGGGAGAAGCUCCUGUACAUGGUGCCCGGCGAGCGGCGCGGCGAGGGGGACGCGGAGGCGGUGUGGUGCCUGACGUUCGGCAACUCGGACAUGGCCGGCAUGUCGGCGUACGUGAUCGGGCACCACCACCAGCAGAACGUGUGGGUGGAGUACGACCUCCAGAACGGCCGCGUCGGCUUCGCUCCCGCGCGCUGCGACCUGGCCACCGAACGCCUCGGCGCCGGCGCGUAGCCGUAGGCCCUCCUCCAAACCCUGUGUAGUACACUAAUCGAUGCCUCGCCAUGGCGGCCGCCGCCGGCGGCAGCAUCAGGGGGCGAAUCGUAAGAGGAGAGGCCAAGUAUUAGAGAUGGUCUCAGCAUCAGGGGGCGAAUCGUAAGAGGAGAGGCCAAGUAUUAGAGAUGGUCUCUCUCUCCGAUCCGAUCGCCUGCUGGUGUGUAAUGUUGUGUACGUGGCGAUUAUUUGUCCGUCGUUGUAUACGAGAUUACGAGCUAAUGAUAUGUUUGCUGCAAGUGCCACGUGUCAGCUGGCCAUCUCAGCUUGAAUCGCACAAAAGAAAAAAAACCGCAUCUGCUCGGCGAGAAGAAAA